CCACAUUAUAAAAGUCCCGCAGCGUCCUUUUUUCACUUGAACAUCGCGCACAUCCAGCUAUAACGUCACCCUUGAAACGAAGCGAGCGCCAAGUUGUCGCCGUGUCGAUAAUAGUCGUUUUCAUCCCCAGCAUGAAGGAGAGACGCCUCCCGCAGCCUUUGGUGGCGCGCUGCAAACUAGUGCUGGUUGGAGAUGUCCAGUGCGGCAAAACAGCCAUGCUGCAAGUCCUGGCCAAGGACUGCUACCCAGAGACAUACGUCCCUACUGUGUUUGAGAACUACACAGCCUGCAUGGAUCUUGACGGCCAGCGUGUUGAGCUCAGUCUUUGGGACACAUCAGGUUCUCCAUAUUACAACAACGUCAGGCCCCUCUGCUACAGUGACUCCGAUGCAGUCCUCUUGUGCUUUGACAUCAGCAGACCAGACAUAGUAGACAAUGCGUUAAAGAAGUGGAAAGCAGAGAUUCAGGACUUCUGUCCCUGCACACGGAUUCUGCUGAUCGGCUGCAAGACGGACCUGCGCACUGAUGUAUGUACACGCAUGGAGCUGUCUAGUCAGAAGCAGACGCCGAUCUCUCAUGACCAGGGUUGUACCUGGGCCAAGCAGCUUGGAGCUGAGGCGUACCUGGAGUGCUCGGCGUUCACGUCAGAGAAAAGUGUCCACAGUGUAUUUCGUGCGGCGGCCCUGGCCUGCAUGAACAAACUGCAGCCUGCCAACAAGCCCAGCCCGGUCCGCCGUCUCUCUAAGAGACUCCUACACCUGCCCAGCAAGACAGACCUGCUCUCCACCACUUUCAGCAAGGACAAGUCGAAGAGCUGCACCAUCAUGUGAACACAAAGCGGUUGCACACGAGGACGAGCUUUCGGCGCAGUGAUGUGGUUUCACAUUAUUUAUACUCGCUUCACUGCAAACGCCCUGUCAUUUCUCCCUCUAUGUCCGACUGAGACAGGCUAAAAAAGAAAGUUCUCCAUGGAUUGAAUGUGAAAGCCUGCAUAUGUGCUAAUGUGGAUGCAAUGGACUCUUUGCACACAUGUUGUUGAGGGAGUUCAGCUAAGAUCUUCACGGGUAAAGGGAAUGCCGCAUUUGAACACAUUACCUUAAAGGCCUACUGAAACCCACUACUACCGACCACGCAGUCUGAUAGUUUAUAUAUCAAUGAUGAAAUAUUAACAUUGCAACACAUGCCAAUACGGCCGGUUUAGUUUACUAAAUUGCAAUUUUAAAUUUCCCGCUGAGUUUCUUGUUAAAAAAGGCCCCGGAUUGUCAGGAAAUAUUAGCUCAGCACCAGUUACGGCUAAAAGUCGUCUCUUUUCAUCGCAUAAUUACACAGUAAUUUGGACAUCUGUGUUGCUGAAUCUUUUGCAAUUUGUUCAAUUAAUAAUGGAGACUAUAAAGAACAAUGCUGUUGUUGGAAAGCGGUGUAUUGCAGCUGUCUUUAGCACCGGGUCACAGCCGGUGUUUCUUUGUUUCUAACACAGAGCGGUCAAGCGAACAUGUUUCUCUACGUCAACCAGCAUGUUUUUGGAUGGGAAAAUUGUGAUAUAUAUCUUACCGGAGACAUCAUUGGAUCAUUCGUCCUCCUACAUCCAUCCAUCCAUUUUCUACCGCUUGUCCCUUACGGGGUUGCGGGGGGCGCUGGCGCCUAUCUCAACUACAAUCGGGCGGAAGGCGGGGUACACCCUGGACAAGUCGCCACCUCAUCGCAGGGCCUCGUCCUCCUACAGUAGUUGUUUAAAAGGCAGCUGUGAACAUGGCUCCUCGACUUUUCUCUGAGACACUGCGUGUUCACCGCAGCCAUCCGACCUCGAGGUAUGUCUUUACAAUCUCACUAAAACACUAUUAAAACAAUAAGCAGAUAAAGGAUCUUCCAGAAUUAUCCUGGUAAGUGUGUCUCACACUGCCGCCGCACGAAGCCAUCGCUUUUAAUUUUAUUCUUUAAUUAUUAUUUUUUUCUAGUCCUUCGCUAUCAAUAUCAUCAUCCACAAAUCUUUCCUCCUCGCUCAAAUUAAUGGGGAAAUUGUCGUUUUCUCGGUCCGAAUAGCUCUUGCUGCUGGAGGCUCCAAUUAAAAACAAUGUGAGGACGUGAGGAGCCCUCACCCUUGUGACGUCAUCGUCUGCGACUUCCGGUAAAGGCGAGGCUUUUUUAUCAGCACCAAAAAUUGCGAAGUUUAUCGUCGAUGUUCUCUACUAAAUCCUUUCAGCAAAAAUAUGGCAAUAUCGCAAAAUAAUCAAGUAUGACACAUAGAAUGGACCUGCUAUCCCCGUUUAAAUAAGUAAAUCUCAUUUCAGUAGGCCUUUAAUUAUCACCCAUUCGAAAUUCGGGUAGAGGCACUGUGAUUCCUCCAUUUGUCCUCAAAGUGUCGAUUUUAUGCUCACUUACCAGACACUUUAUUAGGUACGCCUGCACAAUCUAAUUCGACCCAAUCCUAGAACAAUAUUGCUUGAUUGACCCUAGAUGGGUGUAAUCAAGUACGGUUCUAUUUUAAACACGGUAAUAUUGUUUCUUGUGUUGGAUCUGAUGUUGUGUAGUCAUUCCUGAUGAUUUGAUCAGUGUGUCUAUUGCAACUGGAAAUGUUGUUCCUCUGCUAUACUCACGUGAAUGUCACCAUGGGGCACAUUGAAGCUAUAGUGUGAAAAACUCAAACAGCGGUCCUUGAAGGAGUUAUUCCCUCGCUGUCCUCUAACGGUUUUUCAUUUGGAUUAAAGCUGACAGUGAAGAAAGUAGCAGCAAAGGGAGCAAUUUGGCAAGGAAGAAAUUCCCUUCUCAGAGGCAGUGGGAGGCUGAACUCCUGGGACACAAUGUGACUCAGCACUCACGUAAGUCCUACAAUGCUGUGGUGAGCCACGUAUCAUCGCAGUAAUUGCGUGAUUAGCCGUAGAACAUUAAUGCUUCAUCUCCAGACCCCGACAAUCCACACCCUUGUGUCAUUUCAAAUGGUCCUUGAUGUGAAACUGGCCUGGUUAUGCAACACUUUGUCACCCAGAAUGCAUUUAAACAAAUGUCCUGGGGUAAUGCUGGUCAACAAAGGGGUGUCAAACUCAAACAGGCUGGUCCUGUCUAGGCAAAUAAUUGUCUUUAAGUUGUUUUUAAGUUACCAUCAAAGACAUUAUUUGUGACCCAAAAAACAAAACAUGGAUGUUUCUAUAUUUACUGUUACUGUUGUACUCACUUGAGCAUCAGUGUCUGACAGCUCAGCUAAUGGAGAACUUGACAAUUUUUUUGGUCUGCACCAAGAAGACCGGAGUUGUUCGGUAAUGGAGAACACUGGAAUUUAGCAUGUUGCCUAGCAACAGUGUCAGCGGGGUUCCUGUCUGGCGCGGAGACGGAGGGAAGGCUGCCACCUUUCAUUUGUAGCUUUAGGCAGACCAAGGUGGCGGCCAGUCACCAAACAACUGUCAAUAGCAGCCAAGGGGAUCUAAAAUGCACUUGGAGCUAUAUUGAUAUUUAUUUCACAGUACUUCCUACAGCAUUUCAUCUUUUUCUCCUUUGCUCAUUUUGUGUUCAUAUCCUAAAGCGGGGGUCACCAACCUUUUUGAAACCAAGAGCUACUUCUUGGGUACUGAUUAAUGCGAAGGGCUACCAGUUUGAUACACACUUAAAUGAAUUGCCGGAAAUAGCCAAUUUGCUUAAUUUACCUUUAACUCUAUGUUAUUAUUAAUAAUUAAUGAUAUUUAUCUUUGUGGAAACACUGAUCAUCUCAAUGAUUGCUCACAAUAAAUAUAUAUUUUUGAUGACAUGUUUUAAAUAUGUUAAAAUCCAAUCUGCACUUUGUUAGAAUAUAUAACAAAUUGGACCAAGCUAUAUUUCUAACAAAGACAAAUAAUGAUUUUUUCUAGUUUUUCCAGAACAAAGUUUUUAAAAUAGAUUCAAAAGACUUUGAAAUAAGAUUUAAAUCUUAUUCUACAGAUUUUGUAGAUUUGCCAGAAAUUUUUUUGAAUUGUAAUCAUAAUAAGUUUAAAGAAAUAUUUCACAACUAUUCUUUGUCGAAAAAACAGAAGCUAAAAUUAGGAAUUAAAUUAAAAUGUAUUUACUGUUCUUUACAAUAAAAAAAUAAAUUUACUUGAACAUUGAUUUAAAUUGUUAGGAAAGAAGAGGAAGGAACUUAAAAGGUAAAAAGGUAUGUGUUUAAAAAUCCUAAAAUAAUUUUUAAGGUUGUAUUUUUUCCCUAAAAUUGUCUUUCUGAAAGUUAUAAGAAGCCAAAUAAGAAAAUAAAUGAAUUUAUUUAAACACAUGAAGACCAAGUCUUUACAAUAUGUUCAGCUUGCUAGUAAAUAAAUACAAUUUAAAAAAUAGAGGCAGCUCACUGGUAAGUGCUGCUAUUUGAGCUAUUUUUAGAACAGGCCAGCGGGCUACUCAUCUGGUCCUUACGGGCUACCUGGUGCCCGCGGGCACCGCGUUGGUGACCCCUGUCCUACAGCCUGUUAAAAAGUAUUUCUGUGAAGUUGCUGAUAAUGAAAUACAUUGACUUAUUUCUGUAUUUUCUGUUGCCUUACACUAGUUUCAUCUUCAAAACUUUAUUUAAAUAAAUGUAUUGAAAAAUGA